UGAGGCCCAUUAGCCCAACAACACCCAGCACUUACCACUCCUCCUCUGCCCCCACUCCGACCGAGCCGGCGGCGGCGGCGGCACAUGAGCGGCGGGAGCCUCGCCCAACUGCUCCUCUCAUGCCUCGCCGGCGACCGCCUCCGCCGCGUCCUCCCGCCGGCACACGCCCGCGCCGUCGUCUCGGGCCUCCUCCCGGACCUCUUCCUCGCCAACCUCCUCCUCCGCGGCUACUCCAAGCUCGGCCUCCUCGGGGACGCCCGCCGCCUGUUCGACCAGAUGCCAAGCCGCAACCUCGUCUCCUGGGGCUCCGCCAUCUCCAUGUACGCGCAGCACGGCCGCGAGGACGACGCGCUCCUCCUCUUCGCCGCCUUCCCGAGCGCCGGUGCCGCCUCGCCCGACGGCGAGCCGCCCAACGAGUUCCUGCUCGCCAGCGCCCUCAGGGCCUGCGCGCAGUCGAGGGCGGCCCGCUUCGGCGAGCAGGUGCACGGCGUCGCCGCGAAGCUCGGCCUCGACGCCAACGUCUUCGUCGGGACCGCGCUGGUCAACCUGUACGCCAAGGCUGGCCGCAUCGACGCGGCCAUGUCAGUCUUCGACGCUCUCCCGGCCAGGAACCCGGUCACCUGGACCGCGGUGAUCACGGGGUACUCUCAGGCUGGGCAGGCCGGGGUUGCAUUGGAGCUGUUUGGGAGGAUGGGGCUCGACGGCGUCAGGCCCGACCGGUUUGUGCUGGCGAGCGCUGCCAGCGCUUGCUCUGGGCUUGGGUUUGUAGAGGGUGGCAGGCAGAUACAUGGCUACGCGUACCGAACUGCGGCGGAGUCAGACGCAUCGGUGGUCAACGCGCUGAUCGAUCUGUACUGUAAGUGCUCCAUGCUCUUGUUGGCUCAUAGGCUGUUUGAUUCCAUGGAGAACCGCAAUCUUGUGUCUUGGACGACGAUGAUCGCUGGUUACAUGCAGAAUUCGCUCGAUGCUGAAGCCAUGUCCAUGUUCUGGCAGCUGAGCCGGGCUGGCUGGCAGCCGGAUGUUUUUGCCUGCACAAGCAUCUUGAACUCGUGUGGCUCUUUGGCAGCGAUAUGGCAAGGAAGACAGGUACAUGCUCAUGUUAUAAAGGCUGAUCUGGAAUCUGAUGAGUAUGUCAAGAAUGCUCUGAUUGACAUGUAUGCUAAGUGUGAGCAUCUAACAGAAGCAAGAGCAGUAUUUGAAGCCUUGGCAGAAGAUGAUGCGAUUUCUUACAAUGCAAUGAUCGAAGGAUAUGCAAGGCUGGGUGACCUUACAGGAGCAGUCGAAAUAUUCGGUAAGAUGAGAUAUUGCUCACUAAAGCCAAGCCUACUGACAUUUGUUUCGCUGCUUGGUGUGUCCUCAUCUCGGUCAGACCUUGAACUGAGCAAGCAGAUUCAUGGUCUCAUCGUCAAAUCAGGAACUUCACUGGACCUAUAUGCAGGGAGUGCUCUGAUCGAUGUCUAUUCUAAGUUUUCCCUUGUGGACGAUGCCAAACUUGUAUUCAGCCUCAUGCAGAACAGGGACAUGGUAAUCUGGAAUGCUAUGAUUUUUGGCCUUGCACAGAAUGAGCGAGGGGAAGAGGCUGUGAAGCUCUUUGCCCAGCUUCCUGUCUCUGGGCUAACACCAAACGAGUUCACAUUUGUUGCACUAGUGACUGUGGCAAGUACUCUGGCAAGCAUUUUUCAUGGUCAGCAGUUCCAUGCCCAGAUCAUCAAAGCAGGUGUGGACAGUGAUCCCCAUAUUUCAAACGCUCUCAUAGACAUGUAUGCAAAGUGUGGCUUCAUCGAAGAAGGACGGCUGUUGUUUGAGUCAACAUUGGGAAAGGAUGUCAUCUGUUGGAACUCGAUGAUUUCGACAUACGCGCAGCACGGACAUGCUGAGGAAGCUCUUCAUGUUUUUGGGAUGAUGGAAGGGGCUAGAGUAGAGCCGAACUAUGUAACAUUUGUCAGUGUGUUGUCAGCAUGUGCUCAUGCUGGCCUUGUGGAUGAAGGUUUACACCAUUUUAAUUCUAUGAAAACAAAAUAUGCAGUUGAACCAGGCACCGAGCACUAUGCUUCUGUUGUCAACCUUUUUGGAAGAUCAGGCAAACUGCAUGCCGCCAAGGAGUUUAUUGAAAGGAUGCCGAUUGAACCAGUUGCGACUAUUUGGAGGAGCUUGCUGAGUGCCUGUCAUCUGUUUGGUAAUGUUGAAAUCGGGAGGUAUGCCACUGAAAUGGCAUUGUUGGCGGAUCCUGCAGACAGCGGCCCCUCUGUUCUUAUGUCAAAUAUUUAUGCCUCUAAAGGACUGUGGGCUGAUGCGCAGAAGUUGAGGCAGGGGAUGGAUUGUGCUGGUGUGGUGAAGGAACCAGGAUAUAGCUGGUGAUGAUGGUUCACACGUUCAUUGCAGGAGGACAAGAGCACCCCGAGGGCGGAGGCAGAAGUGAUAUAUGCAGUACUGGAUGAGCUGACAAGUCUACUUAAAAAGGGUAUCUCUCUGAUACCUCUGAACUUACUUUGCUUGAUGAGAAUGGUUGAUGGUACUUACUGAAUGGUAACUACAUAGUUUUCAGUGUGUAAACAGAUGGUCUUGGAUGAACUGUUCUAGCUACGUCCCAACACACAACUAAUACUGGGAGGAUGAUGCUUUGAUAUUAGUAGUUCUGGCCGUCUUCUUUGAUAACUUUAGUGUAUUUUACAACAGCUUGUCCAACGACUAUCUGACUAGGUACUAAUUACUGAAAGAGACCACAGUUCUUGAUCAGAUCAAAUGCAAAAUACGGAGUGUGCAUGUUUACUAUGGGCUUGACAAUGUACAACUGCACAUGGCCAUGCUUAACUCUGAUAUUGAAGGCUCAGUGUUGCUAGCUACUCAUGAGGUUGUACAAAAGGAAAGGGAGGAGAAACUUGCAGAAAAUGUGAAGAAUAGAUUGAACAUUUAUGUUGAAGGAAACAAAAAGGAAUUUUUUUUGCGGGUGAAAUAAAAAGGAAUCUAUCCAGCUUCUGUGGCUGAGUUGUGUAAAUUUUCUAAUGCAGCAUAUGGGGAUUGAUGUGCUGAGUAUUGUUGGUUGCAUGCAUUCAGAUAAUUGGAUAAGGGGCAUGUGAAGAAAGUUAUCUUUUUCGGUGUUCCAGUUAUAGCUGAGUGAUUCAGAAACAAAGUCCAUUUUGUGCCAUCUGUAACUGCCCUGGUGUGUGCCCUUUUUGGCUGCAGAGUACUCAACAUUACCUCCGAUCCUCAGCAACGAUGACCAAGUACAUGAGAAACAGUGUCCAAGGGUUUGUGCUACUUUGUUUCAUUCUGGUGAUGUGUUUUGCCUGUCUUGGACACGCACACGGUGAAGGCACAAACAACAAGGAAAUCAACAGGAAGAUCGAAGUAAGCCACGUAGUCCGCCCCCCUUGUUACAAGAACGUGCACCAGGUCCCAGGCCAACCAUUCUGCUGUAAAAAGGAUAGGCUGUGCUGGCCGAAUCUCGGAGAAUGCUUCAUAAACUGCCCGUGCAAGAUUAGAUGCCUACGACCAGCAGCAAUACACUAGUUUUAUCAUCUCUUUCUUGUGUGGAUAAAUAUAAACCUUACAGGUCUCUAAAUAAGGACGUGUUGAUCUAUGAUGGACACACAAAAAUAUGGAAUUUAAUCUUUCUCUACUCUUCAUUAUAUACGUUAAGACAUACAUAUAUUUUUUGUUACAUUUGAUUACAUUUUUUUGGUGACAGAAGCUUGAUGUGC